AUGGAUAUAAUAGUUAUUAUACUUGUUUCUACUAUCUUUCUUUGCGUGUUCGGGUUGUGUUUGAAAUCCGGGAAUAAAAUAUGCAAGUCCAAAAAGCGGUUAGACGGGCAGACCUGCGUGGUGACGGGAGGGACCAGCGGGAUAGGGCUGGAAAUAGCCCUGGACUUCGCCAUGAGAGGAGCGCGCGUGAUCGUCGCCUGCCCUUUUGACGACGAAGGAAAAGUUGCCAAGGAAAAAAUCAUCCAAGAAUCUGGCAACACCAAUGUCGUAUACAAGUUUCUCGACUUAGGGUCCUUCAAAUCUGUUCGAGAAUUUGCUGCGGACAUCAUCCAAUCAGAAAACAGGUUAGACAUUUUAAUGAACAACGCCGGCGUGGGCAUACCAGACCAUAAAACUACCGAUGGCUUUCAUAUCAUAAUGCAAGUCAAUUAUUUCGGAACGUUCCUACUGACGAUUCUCCUGCUGCCGCUACUAAAGAAGACAUGGACGGCUAGUGACCCCAGCAGAAUAGUGAACACGACGUCGAUUUUGCACCGGAUUGCGAUGUUGAAUUUGGAUUACCUGAACCCAGAUGUGGGUUGUAACUUAUUCAAAAGAAUAAUGUAUUACGGCAACAGUAAGCUGUGUUUGAUACUUUUUUCCCGGGAGCUAGCGAAGAGAUUGCGGGGAGCUAACAUAGUGAUACACAAUGCGGAUCCUGGUGAAGUCGGAACACGGAUUUUCCAUAGUGCUGGGGUAGUGAUUGGGUUCAUACUUAGUAUUCUUAUAUUGAUUCUAUCGAAAACACCAUUUGAAGGUGCUCAGACGCCAGUCUACGCAGCAGUCGAUGAGACAGCUAAGAAGGUAACUGUGAGAUUGUUCAGGAACUGCACAAUGCAGUCGCCUUCCAGUGCAGCCACGGAUAUACAGUUGGCCAAGGGUUUGUGGGAGCAGUCCGUGGUGUUGGUAAAAUUAAGCAAACAAGAACUGGACGAAUGCCUCAAGGAAAACUGA